AUGAUUGCUGCUGAAGAACUAGCUGAGGAAUAACAGGAGCAUAACAAUUAAUUGAUUCAAAACGGGAAGUCAACAUUUAAGCCUCAGUUUCUCUCUAAAUAGCAAAGGGAGGAAUAAAAAUAAAAAUAGGAAGAAUAGCAACAUAAAUAAUAAGUAGAAAAGCAAUAAUAGAUUGCACAGAUUCGCAAGGAAUACAUACAUUUUAGAAGUAAAGUGAUAUCGAAUAGCUUAGGUGAUGAUUAAAAAGUAAGGUAAAUUUUGGAGAAAAGAAAAUCAAAAAGUAGAAGCAGAUCAAAAAGCAAGGAGAAAAACAAUCGCUACAUUACAUCAAACACCAGAGCCACAGUGCCUGUGAAAAUGGAUGGGGAAAAUCAAGAAUUAAUGCAUAUUAAAAUGUAGUACUUGGGGUUGAAUAAAGAGAAGAAAAAGAUCUUAAAGCCCUCCGAGAAGUUUAAAAACAUAUUCAAUUUUGAAUGGGAUGCCACAGAAGAUACUUCAAUUGAUUUCAAUCCACUCUACAUGAAUAGAAUAAUUGCGAGCGGUCUACAUUCUAAAGCCUAGGAGGACAAGGAUCCUGAUCAGUUGUUGUCCUCAGAUCAUUGGAGCAAGAAAUCCUUAGGCCAAAUGCAACCAAGAGAUUGGAGAAUAUUCAGAGAAGACAUGGACAUCAUAAUUAAAGGCGGUCGUGUUCCAAAUCCUAUAAGAGAAUGGAAUGAAGUCUAAUUGCCUAAAAAUUUAAUGAAUUCUAUUCGAAAUUUAAACUAUGUUAAGCCAACUCCAAUUUAGAUGCAGACCAUUCCAAUAGGUUUAGAGCGUAAAGAUAUGAUCGGUAUUGCUCCUACGGGAAGUGGUAAAUCUGCUGCAUUUUUAAUUCCAUUGAUUACUUAUUUGUCUACACUCCCCAAAUAGGAUGAUAAGAUAUGUAAAGAUGGACCAUAUGCUUUGAUAAUGGCUCCAGCAAGAGAGUUGGCAAUUUAGAUUGAGGCUGAAUUCUAGAAGCUAUCCUAAGGAUACAAUUUGAGAUCGUUUGUUAUAGUGGGAGGAAGGAAGGAAGAAGAAUAGGAGUUUCAUUUGAAGAAAGGGAUAGAAAUUUUGAUAGGAACACCAGGUAGAAUCAAAGAUCUUUUGAUGAAGAAAUACUUGGUGUUAGAAUAAUGCUCAUGGAUUGUGUUGGAUGAGGCAGAUAAAAUGAUUGAUUUAGGAUUUGAAUAAGAUGUGAAUUACAUCUUGGAUUCAAUUACUACAUAGAUGAAAUCAGAGGAUGAAAUAGCUGCUGAAUUGGAGGAGAAGUUGGCUCAAGCAGGAGAAAGGUAGUAUAGAGUGACUCAUCUAUUUUCAGCCACAAUGCCUCCUCAGGUUGAGAAAUUGGCAAAGAGAUACUUGAGAGCAUUUUGUUUUAUUAGUAUUGGAGAACCAGGCGGUGGUAAGAAGGAUAUUGAAUAGAAGAUAGAUAUGAUUAAUGAGGCAGCUAAAAAAAAUCGUCUCUUGUAGUUGUUAGCAUCCAAUAAACCUCCGAUUAUAAUUUUUGCAAAUCAAAAGAAGAGUGUUGAAAUAUUGAGUAAAACAUUAGAGAAAUAUGGAUAUAACUCUGUUGUGUAUCAUGGAAGCAAAACGCAAUAGCAAAGAGAAGCAGCUGUUGAAGGGUUCAAGUCUAAAAAGAUUGAUAUUUUGAUCGCCACAGAUUUGGCAUCUAGGGGUUUGCAUGUUGAAGGAGUUCAGAUGGUUAUAAAUUUCGAUGCUCCAAAAAAUAUUCAGGAUUUCAUUCAUAGAACUGGUAGAACAGGUAGGGCAGGGAAAAGAGGAUUGGCUGUGACAUUUCUUACUAAUUCGGAUUCAGAUCUAUUUUAUGAUCUAAAGGAGUAUUUGAUUAAAAGUGGGCAGAAUGUUCCACCGGAGUUGGCUUAACAUACGGCAUCAAACCAAAAGCCUGGUUCUGUGCCUGAUAAUGUGCCUAGGAGAAAACAAGUAAUUUUGGCGCAUUGA